AUGAUUCGCCUAGUUUUACCACUUUUCACAUUUUGUCUAUUGUCCGUCGAUGCACUUGUGACGUGUUCCCGAUGCGAAGUGAGCAGUGAGGAGUGAGUUUUUUGUUGUUAACCCGUGAAUCGAACUUGCGUCGUUUACUACAAUAGUAAUCUUAUCAAACAAGUGAGUUAGCCACUAGUCCACACGGCCAUCUACCUUUAAACGCUCCUAACUCGUCGCGCAGACUUUCAAUCGAAAAGUGAUCAACUAGAAAAAUGAUCAGCACAAAAUUUUCCAUCGAAUGAGCUUUGUUUCAACACACCCAUGACCGGUAUCAUUUUAGAUAUGAGCGUGAGCCCACUGAACACUCAACUUUGAACCCAUACCUAAAAAUAGAGUGCAAAACUUUGUGGUAACACUGGGAACUCGAACUUGAGCAGUUUAUUUGCAAAAAACCUACUAGACAAAGCGGAUACAAAAAUAAUUAGCAAAAAGUUGUCUAACAGAUGCAACUCUUCUCGUAACACUUGCCGCGGCGACUUUUGCUACCACGCUCAAUAUUUCUACGGAAACGAGAUCACUCCAUCCAUCCAAAGAGGCUGUGUAAUCGGAGAAUUGAGCGCGGAAGGGUGUCGAGUCAACCAUCACGGAAAUAUAAUUUGCUUCUGCGCAGAGUGAGACUUUCACAUUAUCACUUGAGCUGUCACCAACCAACACGUUUCAGUGCGGAUUACUGUAGUUCCAACUUUACCUCGGUCGCCGAUGUUCCCACCCAGAUCCUGCCCGUUCAGACGUGUCAGCCGGAUAAACUGAACAAUCUUCCAAAGCCGAGAUGGGUGAAGCCAUGCGCCGCCAACUAUUGUACUUUUAUCGCCAGCAAGGUACGUUAAUGAGCCUCAAAGUUUUUUAGACUGAAACUAGACAUCUAGUAGAACAUUUUUUCAGUUGACACCUUUUUUGUAGGACCAAUUCUAAUAGUACUGUAGCUCUUGAAAGUUGACUGAGAAAAUGCCAUGCUUUUGGCUACUCUGAUCUUCCAAAUGCUACAGUACUUUUAGGAGUGAGUGUACAAAAAAGGUGUCAACUACAAAAGUACAGUACUAAACAUGUACUUUGUUUUUCUAGUUGACAACUUCUUCACACACUGACUUCUAAGAGUACUGUAGUGCUUUGAAGUUAGCCAGCCAAACCAAAAACUCUACAGUACUCUCGCAAAUUUGAUCACUAAUUUUCGCGUUCAUUUUUUGCGAAAAAGCUUCUUCCCGCUAUUGUACAUUCCAAAUUUCCCAGACGCAAACGGAAGUGGACAGCGCCAACUACACGUGGUCGAUCAAGGACUGCAGCAAGGAGAACGAAUUCGACUUUUUCCCCACACUCACCGUUUUCAACUUCUACCCGGGCACUUGUGUGUGGCUCAACUACGGCGGACAGCCGGACACCCACGCGUGUUACGGUAGCAAUGUACAGUAGCCGUGACUGACUACCGUGGUGACCUACAGUAAUCCUUUAGGCCAUGGCCACUGAACUAAUCGUCGACGAAACGGUGCCGACUGUCGAGUGCCACGUGGAUUACUUCAAUCCACGACUUCCCUAUCUCAAAACUGGCAGUUCUUGUGUCGGACAAUUCUGUUUCAUCAGUGCGACGUCACGCGGAGAGGUGUUCCGCGGAUGCGUCAAGAGCCGGACCGUCGAGGGUGCCACUCCGUUAAAGGUAGUCUAAAAUAGUACAGUACCAGACAAGCGCUACCUUUAAACGUUCAUAACUCGUCGCGUAGACUUCCAAUCAAAAAGUGAUCAACUACAAAAACAGAGAGCACAAAAUUUGCUAUCAGAUUGGCUACACCCGCUCGUACACCGGCCUCGAACAAUGGAUUUGUGACCAGUCGUACUGUAACGCCGAUCUGAAAUCAGCGGAACUCUCGUGGCCGCCAGAGCUAUAUUUAUACAGGUGGUUUGCGAGAUGGACAUGUGCAAAUAUUGUCGAUGAUUUCAGAAAUAUAUCAAAUCUCCGAGAGUUCAAUGUUUUCUAUAUCGACGCCGCCGAUGCACCGUCGCUUUUUCUUGCCAUUCCCCUCGUUUCUCUGAUCCGCUUUUGCUAUUAA